GAGGCGGGAGCUGCUCCGCUCCGCUUGCUUCGCUGGUCGGCGCCGCGGCGGGGGCAGCGCGCGGGGGAUGCUGUUGUCUCGGGACUCGGCCCGGGCCGGCUGCUGCUGCAGGACGGAGGCAGAGAGUUUGAAUCUAAAUAUGCAGCUCUUAUGUGGAUUCAGAAUAUAGUUGUAUCAAAAGGUUAAAUCCCACACGACCUGUGAAUGUGGUCCAGAGGCCUGCAGCAUGUCAAAGAAUACCAGCAAAAAUGCAAUAGACAACCUGAAUUUCUUAAAGAAAACGCAACAGAAAUUUUUCUCUCUCAUAUAGCUGGACAACUUAGCUACAUGCUUUUGACCUCCGGUUAAUUUAAUGGAGAUCUUCCUGUCAGGAUAUCAGUUGAUUUUGUAAAUCUGGGACCUUUGUCACAAACGUGCCUUUGAACUUACAGCAAAACAUUUUAUUGUUUAGAAAACUCAACUAUUAAAAAAAAAACAACAAAACAAAAACCAUUGAAGAAUCAUGUCCAAAAACUUAGAGAUCAUCAAUUUAUCAUUUUUGCUGGAGCAUGAGAGGGAGAUGAUAAUGGGCGUAUUGAAGAGAGAUGAGUAUCUGAAAAAAGUUGAGGAUAAAAGGAUAAGGAAACUGAAAAACGAGCUGUUAGAAGUGAAAAGGAAAGGUGGAAACCGUCACCGCCAGCAAGAGAGCAGCAGGGUCUGUGUUCGUUGUCAGAAAAACCUGGGCUUAAUCUUCGACAGGGGGGAAUUGUGCCAAACAUGCAGACUCAGAGUUUGCAGGAAGUGCCGUGUCAUGGGAAUUGAUGGGAGCUGGAAGUGUGCAGUAUGUGACAAGAUUGCACAACUAAGGAUAGUGACAGGGGAAUGGUUUUUUGAAGAGAGGGCCAAGCGCUACAAGCAGUCCAACAUCCUUGGAACUGAUGUUGUCAGACAGUCCAUCCUACGCAAGGUCCCAGAUACAGUUCCCAGUAAGGAUGAAGGAGGAAUGUCUAAAGGUCAAGCAGAAGAGAACAUGCAGAAUGGGCCUGAUAUAUCAGCUUCUUCAACGAGCACAGGGAAAUCACUCUUCAGUGGACCCAGAAAGAUAGGGAGGGUCCUCAGGGCAGUAACCAAAGGAGAAAUUGCAAUUGGGAAAUCUGACAAUGGAAGAAACAUCAAUUCAGCAGCUGAAACCCAAAGUCUGCAUAAUGACAAGCCUACUCCUUAUUCAGACAGGGGGAGUACUCUUUCACUGGGUAGUAAUGAUGCGGAGAGCAUACCAGGUAACCUGAAAGGCACAGUGGUUCCAGCAAACCGGAGUAAUGUGUCUACUCCAGUUCAUCAGAGAUCACCAGCACCCAGCACGCGUGGCAUGACUCCAGAUUACAGCAAGGAAGCUGAUUUAGAAAAUGGCACUUCUAUGUCAGGAAGUGAAAGCAUACCUGAAAACUUAGUGAAGAGGCAUUGCAGAAAGGCAUCUGGAACACCUUCAAUAGCAGUUUCUAGGGUUUCUCUCUCAUCAGAUCGCAGUAGAUCUGAGAUAGAUUUGAGUGAAUCUUUCUCAGAAGGAAAUGAAGAUACUUUAAGCUUAAGAAGCAAAUCUGUACCUGGAGAUUUGGACCAGGACCUGGAUUACCUGGAUGUGACAGAGGAAGAUAUUGAUGACAUAGCCUCUCAUUACUCAAGGAAGAGUGGACAUUUGUCAAGUGCAUUAUCAGCAAAUUCUCCUACAGGCUCUGACAGGAAGUGGACCUACUUAAAUGUGCCUGAAGCAGAUGGGGAUACUACUAGCAUUAACAGCCUGAUGAGUGUUUAUAGUGAAACUGGGGACUAUGGCAACGUGAAGGUCAGUGGGGAAAUACUUCUCCAUAUCAGCUACAGCUACAAAACAGGUGCCCUCAACAUCCUUGUUAAAAGCUGCAGAAACCUGGCCAUAGCAGAUGAAAAGAAGCAAAGGACAGAUCCCUAUGUCAAAGCAUACCUCCUGCCUGACAAGUCCCGCCAAAGUAAACGCAAGACCAAAAUCAAAAGUAACAGCACCAAUCCAGAGUUUAAUGAAACACUGAAGUACGUGAUCAGCCAUACACAGCUAGAGACCAGGACCUUACAGCUGUCUGUCUGGCACUAUGACAGAUUUGGUCGCAACAGCUUUCUUGGGGAGGUGGAAAUUCCCCUUGACUCCUGGAACUUUGAAAAUCAGCGUGAUGAAUGGUUUGUGCUCCAGCCCAAGGUGGAGAUUGCAGCAGACGUUGGACUUCAGUAUAAAGGAGAGUUGACAGUUGUUUUACGUUACAUUCCCCCAGAGAGAAACUUAAUGCUUCCGCUAGGACAGUUCCAAGGAAAGAAGAGCUUAAAAAAAGGAAAGAAAGGUGACUCUCAUUUGCCGUCUGGGGGUAUAUUGGAGGUCCUGGUUAAGGAAGCCAAGAAUUUAACAGCUGUGAAGUCAGGAGGCUCAUCUGACACAUUUGUGAAAGGAUAUCUGCUCCCAGAUAACAGUAAAGCAACAAAACAUAAAACUCGAAUAAUAAAAAAGAGUGUGAACCCCCACUGGAAUCACACCUUCACUUUCAGUGGCCUGAACCCCAGGGACAUUCACAAUGUCUGCCUGGAACUGACCGUUUGGGACAAAGAGUCAUUGUCAAGUAACAUCUUCCUGGGAGGUGUCCGCUUGAGUACUGGACUCGGCUUAAGUAAUGGCAAGGAAGUUGACUGGAUGGAUUCUCAAGGGGAAGAGCAGCACCUCUGGCUAAAGAUGAUUGACAAUCCUGGAACUUCUGUAGAAGGCAUGUUAAUGCUGAGAUCCAGCAUGGGAAAACGCAGGCUCUGAGAGGAAACAGCCUGCAGAGAGGACAGGGUUCUGCUGCUUUGAUGACAUGACUCUUAAUGACCACUGGCUACCACAAGUAUGCCUGAAUUUAGUGGAUUUAUCUAUUGUAACUUUGCACAACUGAAAGCAAGGAAGAAAGAUAUUUUUUACCUUGGAUUUUCAGAGUUGUAUUAUAAUGCAGUCUGCACUUUCAUGUAUCCAUCUUCCUCACCUCAUACCUUUUCCAUACUGAAAAUUCCUGCUGAAGUCAGUGAGGAUCUUGUCUCCAUACAGGGUGCCUCUCUACGAGACACUAUAUCACCAUAGCAAUGAGCUUCUGCACCAUAGCUUGUUGCUAUGGCGAUGUAGCUUUGCUGGGCAUGAACCGUGAUGCCAACACUACUGCGCAGUAGCAGCUAAAAAUAACCAUGCGGCGAUGGGACUGCGUAGUAAUGCUGGUUACUGCACAGUCAUUUAGUACUUGGUUGAGCUGUCCCUUGCAGGGGUGGGGGGUGAGGCCCUGUGCUUUGGGGGGCCCUGCAGACAGUGUCGUACGGGCCCCACUCAGGGUGCCACCACUCUGCGUGGCCACCGCACACUGCUAGCUUCAUGCUCCGGCCACUCGCUACCCCCCACUUCCUUCCCCUGCACAGGCUGCACACAGGCUGAUGUGCUCUAGGCCCCACACACUUCUACGGAUGGCUCUGAUACUUGGUUAAGGAACUACUAAAUGACUGCACAGUAACAACUGCGUAGUCAUCUGCUUGUGUGGAUACGGCCACAGAGUCCCAAACUGGACCUCUUCUCUCUCUUGCUAAUAGGAGUAGGGCCUAGCAGAGUCUCCACUUCUGGAGAAAACGGUGCAAGCAGAGGUUCAGUUAUUCACUUGAUGCCUAAUGCUUAUUUGAAUGUGUGUAAGGGCAGGUCAUAAGCAGGCUAAAAGAGAGAAAGAUAUGGUAUAAACCAAUUUCAUAUACAUUUAAAAUUGUGGUAUUUGAAGUCAGCCUGGAAGCCACCCGAUCUCAAAUAGUCUGAAUCUUUAAUGAUACCUCUUUCCCCUGUUUACUGCUUCAUUUAGUUAAGCUGUACAUGAUAGCAACAGCAAUCACAGUAAAGAAAAGCCUCUGUGCUACCCUGCACAGUACAGCCAUUAUUGGGAAUUAGGCAGCAGAUGUGCUGACGUAAAGUCCCACAGCGCCCGGUGGUGAUGUGUGCCCUAGGUGUUUGAAUGUGUUGUAUAAAGCGCUGGCUGGGGUUCAACUUGAUCAAAGAGCCUCUCAUGAAAACAGAUUAUUACACAUCCCUAAGCAGCUUGCAGAAUGAAGCAUCAUUGUUAUGUUUAUCAUUCCCUUAAUAGUUCAAUCUUGCCAGGAUUUUCAGGAGUCCUUGUGCAGAGGGGAAGAGAAUCUCAAAUGUUUGCCAUGUCUCAUGAACUGUUGAUGUGUGCCCAGGUGUUGUAAGGUAAGGGCUGAUUCAAGAAAGCAUUUAAUUAAGCAAUUUAAUUGUGACUUAAUUAAGCACAUCAUAGAAUCAUAGAAAAUUAGCGUUGGAAAGGACCUCAGGAGGUCAUCUAGUCCAUUGUGUGUGUGGACCAUCCCCAAUUAGAUCAUCCCAGCCAAGGCUUUGUCUAGCCAGGUCUUAAAGAUUUCCAAGGAUGGAGAUUCCACCACCUCUCUGGUGAUCCUGUUCCAGUGUUUUACUACCCUCCUAGUGAGAAAGUUCUUCCAAAUAUCUAACCUAAACUUCCCUUGCUGCAACUUGAGACCAUUGCUCCUUGUUCUGUCAUCUGCCACCCCUAAGAACAGUUUAGCACAGUAGUUUUCAACCUUUUGGGGUCAGUGUACCCCCAGCAGCUGGUCAAGAAGGAAGGAGUUCCUUGGUGGCCAGUCAAUGAGUGUGUGUGUGGGGUGGGGGGGUUCCCCAGUGGCCGAUCGGCAAGUGGGUGGGGAGGAGCCUCAGCAGCCAGUCGAUGAGCGUGGUGGGGGGAGGUCCUCCCAGUGGCCGAUCAGCAACUGAGGGUGGGGGGGGGUCCACCCCUACAGCUGAUUGGCGAGUGUGCCAGUGGCAUGGCAGUGGCAGAAGUGCCAUACCCCUAAUUGAAAACCCAGCUCCAUCCUCUUCGGAAAACCCAGCUCCAUCCUCUUCAGAACCACCGUUCAGGUAGUGGAAGGCUGCUAUUAGAUCCCGCCUUCCUCCUAGUCUUCUCUUCCCAAGCCCUGUGUUUUCCUUUGCUUGAACCAGAAACAUUUUCUGAAUGGGUUGAAAUCCCAUUCAAGCUUAUCUUGCUGCUUUGUUAAUCAUCAAUAAUGAUGCAACUGAGAUGCAGUUUUGCUGCUGAACUUUGAUAUGAAUCCAUGCACUAACAAGGCAUCUUAAUAGAAUUCUUUUCUUCCUUUUUCAUUUGCUCCAUACAAUAAAGAAAACCACCUUUUUGUAUUACUUUGAUAAUUUUAUUUCCAAGGACUUUGUACCUAUUUAAAUCUGUCCUAAUAUCAAUGCACAAGGAACUUACACAGAUACAAUACUUGUGUGACUUGAGUCCCUUGUCCACUGAGAAAUAGACCCCUUUGUGUACAGAGCAAACUGUUUUGUAAACCUGGUAAUAGGCUGCAGUUAUCUUUUUAACCAUAGCAGUACCACAGCAAGGCAGAAUAAUGGAUCCUUACUGAAUCCAGCAGGUUUGGUGUGUGCAGUGCUAGGUGAUUCAUCAUGCAUUUGCCCUUGCUACAGGCCCACAUACAAAUCUAAAACAGCCUAGUAAGAUGGAGUAAGCUACAUUUCAGCUGAAUGAUAUUAAAUUAGAAUUGUAGUUCCCUCAAAAAUACUUCUUUGCUAUUUUUAUCUUCAUUAUUUUUCAUGUAUUUUCUUUUAGGGUGCAAUACAAUAUUAAUGCACAUUUUUAAUAAGUAAAACCAUUAAAUAAAUCAAUUAACUCUUUUUCCACCCCCCACCCAUCCCCUCCACAUUCACUUGCUCUGCAAGUCCUGCUUUCUCGUUUUGGUCAAACAGAAUUUAGAAUCUUUCAUCUUUUUGUAUAGAAUAAUUACUAGAAUAAUGCUGAUUUGAGAGGUCCAAAUGCUGCUGUUCUCGGUGCAGCAAUAGCUGAGGAUCCAAGUUAAUAACUGAACACAAAGGACAAAUGGUUAAAUAACUCCAGCUUGAGAUUCAACUUAAGGAACUGAAACUGGAGAAAUACUCUUUUCCAACAUAGUUAUAUCUACUCAUUUAGAACUGAAACCACAACCCUCAUAUUAUAGCUUUUAAAAUUCUCUUUUAAAAUCCUAUUUUUUUAAAAACUGCUUUGUUUGGUUUUGGUUUGAGUUGCAUGAACUAGCUGGAUAUGACAGUAGUUAUAUUUUGAAAUCAUGAAGUAGUAAUGAGCUUAAAAAUCAUAUGUGUGUGCAUGUAUAUGUGUAUAUAUGUAUCUUUAUACACAAAAAGGUGUAUCUUUAUACAAGUAUAUACUACACACACACGCACACACUAUAUACAUCUUUGUCCAAGAUGUAAAAAAAAGUUUGGAUAAUGUAAAUUAUUUGUAAAAUAUGUAUUUUAUACUGUAUAUCAUAUAUAAUGCACAUUAAUAUAUACGUUAUAUUAAUAAUAUGCAUGUAUAAGGAUACACAUUUCACAAAUAAUAACUUACAUUAUUCAAACAUUUUUUUUAAAUCUUGGACAAAGCUUUGAAACGUGACUACUGAUUUUGGGUGCUUGACUGAGAUACCUUUAAAAGGCUCUGAUUUUCAGAGACUGCAGAGCAACCAACCUUUGAAAUCAGGUUCUCUGAAAUUCUCAUGUGGGGACCCGAAAUGAGUAGUGGCUCCAGGAAACCUUGGCCUUAAAUUUCUUUCUUUGCUUCGAGUCUUCAUUUAUUUCUGGAAUUUCACUAAAAUAGGAAAGUGAUGUGAGACUAGUUUAUUUUCCAUCAUUUGUAUUGUCCUGUUCUCAUGCAUUUUCUCUAUAGUUGGGGCUACUUCGGGAACAUAAAAAUUAAAGUACAUGUUUCACUUUUAUGAUUUUUUUAAAAUAAUUUUAAUUUUGUUUUGUCUUUUACUUUUAAAUUCUAUAACAUCUCUUCUUAAAUUAUCAGCAAUUGUUUUGCCCUCCAACAAAGCCACUUUUAAUUUGUGGAGUAAACUACCUCAUUUCUCCAACAGAUUUGGAAUCUGGGGGCAUUUUUACACGUGCUCCAAGAGGCGUGGGGGGGUGCUUUAAUUAGCAACCCAUGCUAAUUAAAAGCACCCGAGCAUCAUGUGCAUCUGCGUGUCUGUGCUGAAAAAUGGUGGUGGGGCACUUUGAACUAAAGCUGAUCACAUGAUCAAAGUACCCUGCCACCAUUUUUUAGAGUAGGGAUGCUGAGACAGGUGAUGCUAAAGUCUGGUGGAGCGUAGUAAUUUCUGCGCUCCAGCAGACUCAACUAUUCGAUUUCCAUCACAUCAAGGAGGCUCCUUGCACAUCUAGAGGAGCCCUUAGGUUUCCACAGUGGUUUAUGCCACAUCCAUGUAUGUGUUUUAGGAGUAGUCACAUUAUGGCAGCAUGGAAGCUAAGCUUUAAUGUUCAUUUGCUACAGGCUAGUUUACCAAGCUUUAGAAGGGCAAACAAACAUUUUUAAGCUACAGAAAAGUUUUGGGAAAAAAUCUUGACUAGUCCUACAUAAAUCAUUGAUCACUGGGGGAAAAUAAGGUUAACCUCAAAGGAAAGAAAAAAUAUCUUUUUCACCAAAAAGUGAAACCAAAUUUAAAAUCAUAUUAAAGCCAAAUUUAAAUCAUUUUAAACCAAAUUUAAAAUCACAUUAAGCAGUUUCAUUUGUAUAUACAUAUUGAACCUUUUAAAAAAUUAUAUUUUGCUAAUUUUGGUCUCAAAAGAUUGCUUUGAAAUGAAAGAGUCAGAAUGUUUGGGGUUUUUUUAUUUUAUUCUCCCCCAUUUUGUGGUCUGAAAUUGCCUUUUUGGGAAAUUCGAUGUUCAUCUGACAAAAAAUCAACCCAGUUCUAAUACAGAUUUUUGCCAUUGAUUUCACUAAGUCCUCAUUUUAAUAUUGAGAAGUAUGUGCCAGAUAAUAAAUAGAAACGCCAUUAUCUGUGAAAAAUACUGAGGACUAUGAGAUUCAACUAUUUAAUUUUGAGUGAGGAGCCAUUUCAGUUGAGAUGUUCCUUUUCAGUGCGACGGAUAGGUUUUGAAGCAGUAUGGUGACAGUAUUUUGCAGCUCAGCUACAACAGUUUUGUGUUGUUUUAAUAUUCAGGACCUUUCACACUCUAUGCCAAAUGAACCAAUGCUCAGUACAAAGCAACACAGUGAACACCAAGGCCACUUGGAACGCUUUGGUCUUCAGUGACUCAGUAGAGUUGAAGUAAACUGUGUGUAUGGAAAAUGUUAUCAUUCCAUUCCCUACAUCCUUGCACUCUUGCUUAUAGAAAUAUGUGGGAUGUAAAAAAGCACAAAAUAAUUCAUUUAAUUUGGCUUUGUUUUCUAGAUAUUUGAUUCACUGCUUGUAAUUGAGUGUUAUCAUGUACUGUGUGCCCCUAGACUGAGCACGCAGAUAGGCAGCUUCAAGUCUUCUUUUUUUACCAAGGUGUGACACUGAAAAUACAUAGAUAAUUACUCAAGGUUGAUUUCUGCAGAAGCUUCACUCUCAUUAGUUUCUGUUUUAACCCCAGUUCUGGUGAAUAACUAGACUUGGCACAGUUGCUAUUUCUAAGAUAUUCCUUAGCACAAUUUUAUAGCUCCAAGACUUGGAACCAAGAAAAAUAAUCUCUUUUUUAACAGUAUUGAUUUUAAAAAGCUGGAGUUAAAGAUAAUGCAGUAUAGCAAAAUCUGUAUUUUUCUAGCACCUUGUUUACAAAGGUUUCAUUCCUACCUUUUCCCCCUUUCCUUAAAUUCAGUGGGUUUGACUUGCUUAAAAACCAUGAAGGAAUAACUAUUAAAAGAAAGUUUAAAAGAUAUGAUGACUAUUACUGUAAAAUCAUGAGUUAAACAUUAAGCCUCUUUUUAGAUUGUUUCCACUGCCUGUUGCCCAGACAUAUUUUGUCUAACAAGGUGACCUGACAUUUAGUCUCCACUGCUUGUCUCAGCAUUAGUGAGUUGGAGACGGGAGGGAAAUAGCAAAGACAUCCUUCUUUGAAACUUGGAUUAUCACUGUUGUUUUAAGACCCCAUUGCUUGACUUGACCGUCCCAGAUGGCUCCUUAGCAAAGUGACUUUGUGCUGUACUUCUCAGGGUGCUUUUGUUGGCAAAUUUGGAGAGGAAUCUGAAUGGUGAGUAUAUUUCAAUCAUGGUGCAUUAAGCUGGAACCCUGUAGCACCAUGCCUCUUUUAAGAAAGAUUACACUAAAGAGGCAUAAAACAAAAUCUAGCCUUUCAGCGUAAAGAUUUAUGUCUGGUCUCUUGUUAUAUAUUUUUCUGCUCCAUUAGCCUGUGCCAGCUUGGCACAUUGCUGGGUAAUGAUUUGGGAGAAACAUCAUAGUUUUCAUAGAUAUUAGGGCUGGAAGGGACCUUGUGAGAUCAUUGGAUCCAAUCCCCUGCCCAAAGGGCAGGAAAUCAGCUGGGGUCAGAUGACCUCAGCAAGAUAAUCAUCCAAACGCCUCUUGAAUGAGUCCAGAGUAAGUGGUUGCACCACUUCUGGGGGGAGUCUAUUCCAGACUCUGGAGACUCGGAUGGUAAAGAAGUUCUUCCUUACGUCCAGUCUAAAACGGUCUUCCAGCAGUUUGUUUAUUUUAGGAUUUUAUUUCCAAUGCAAUGCUGCAGCCAGCAAAGCAAAUGAAAUCCUGGCUUGCAUCUACCGACGCAUCUCAAGCAAGACCCAAGAUGUCAUCCUCCCACUUUACUCAGCCUUGGUGAGGCUGCAGCUGGAGUACUGCGUCCAAUUCUGGGCUCCACACUUUAGAAAGGAUGUGGAGAAGCUUGAGAAAGUCCAGAGGAGAGUUACACACAUGAUCAGAGUCCAAGAGAACAGGCCUUUUGGGGACAGGCUGAGAGGCAUGGGACUCUUCAGCAUGGAGAAGUGCGGGCUCAGGGGUAACUUGGUGGCAGCCUAUGAGUACAUAAGGUGUGUGCAUCAGGAUCUGAAAGAACGUCUGUUCACCAGGGCACCCCAAGGGAAGACAAGCUCAAAUGGUCAUAAACUGCUAGAAAAACAUUUUAGACAGGACAUAAGAAAAAACCUAUUCCAGUCUCCAGUCUGGAAUAGACUCCCCCCAGAAGUGGUGCAAGAACCUAAUCUGGACACAUUCAAGAAGCGUUUGGCUGAUUAUCUUGCUGGUGUCAUCUAACCCCAGUUGACUUCCUUACUUCCUGAUAACUUACAAACAUGUAACAACUAACAGUCCAGCAUCACAGAAUGAAAAGUCUGGGUGAUAGGGGGAUGACAUUGUAAAUAAAAUAACCAUGGGCUCGAUGACAUUUCCUCCCUCCUCCCCCCUUAUGUUCCUUAAAUUGUGGCUGUAAUCCACCUUUAAAAAGUGGCUCACUCAUAUUGCCACCGUCACCUUGGCUAGGGACAGAAGUUGCACAUAAAUCAGUUUAAGUGAUCAGAAACCGCUUUAAAUCUGUAAUAGAACAGAAGUUCAGCGCACAUAAACCAGUUUCAAAAUGGCUGAAACUAGUUUAAGAUAAACCUGGUUGAAUGUAGUAUCAGACUUAACUGAUUUAGGUCAAACUGGUUUAUGAAACUUCUGUCCCAGACCCCUUCCUGGUUCAAGUUAAAUUAGUUCCCCCAGCAUGGUUUUCAGCCCUGGGCUGGGCUGUGCUGUCUGCUCCAGACAGCAGAACUGGUCCCACCCCUCUGAUCCCUAGCUGGAGCAGUGAGGCCAGGGGCUGGUUUACUGAUCUCACUGGCUGGCUUACUGCCCCUCCCUCCCCCAGGCAAACCCCAGCUGGGGCCUGGGGCCAGGGAGUGGGGAGUUAAACUCACCUUCCCCUAAGUACAGAACAGCUAUGCCCUGCUGGCUUACUUAAUUCUGGCUGUGACUGUGGACUACAAAUCCCAGAGGCAUGUGGAAGCAGGAAGAGGAAGUGAUGAGCAACUCUGCAGAGUCCUGCUGCUGUAAUUGUUUUGUAAAUCCCAAAGACUUGGGAGCAGCAGAAAGAGGAAGUGAACACACAGGCAGAGAGCCUUGCUCUAGUGCACCCAGGCUUCCAGCUUGAGCCAUUGCAGGCAUGUGGCUGCAUUUCCUGAAUCACAAGUGAAUGUCUGCUCAUUUGCUUAUUGGUUCAAUCUUUGCAGCUUCGACUAACCUGCAAAGACUGAAUCAAUUAAUCCUUAGGCUUUUUGACUGUCUGUACUUAGCCCUUAUCUAUUGGCUCAUGCAAGGCUGCAUCUGAGUCUUCCCUGAAAUCUUUCUUCCUCUAGCCCAUCCUUGCUGUCCUCUCUAAAUCCUCCAUUAAUGUCAAACUCCUCAUGUACCUAAAUGCUGUCCUCAGAUGUCCAGGGCACUGGGCAGGGCACAACAAACAAAUGCUCUCUACUCUACUGAUCUGCUUAUUUUCCUUAUUAUAAAUAAGAGCUGACAUUUGAUUUCCCUGACUAGAGUAUUGCUAGCUCUUUACAACUCUAGCAAAGAAAAUCUCCUUUAGAACUGAUCUGACUGCGGUGUGGUAGCAGUGCAUUUCCUAUUUUUCUUUUUACAUACAGAUACUGAGAGCCACAUUGAGGAAGCCUGGAGUGGCGGUGGUAAGAAGGGAGUGUAUUUGGUUCAUUCCUGUAAGGGAUGGCAAAUAGUAGUGUGUUCUUCCGCAACAGCCCAUGGGAUGCUCUUAACUGUAUUAAUGAAUCCCAAACACUGUCCCAUGGAUUCCUUGCCAAGUGAUCGAAAGAUGAAGGAUCUUGUCUGAUGUGGUGGUAAUGCAUAUGUAGCUACAUUAAGGGUAGCCACUGAACCUCAGCUAGUAACCAAGUGGCUUUUGGGUUGUUUUUGAGACUCUCCUUUCCAUGAUUUAGAUUAAUUAUUACAAUAGUUCUUAUUUGCGGCAAUAAAGUACACACAACCAUGUGCUUCAGCUACUCUUCUGGAGAAUGUAAUGCUUUGUAGCCUUUAGGCUGCUUUGGGCAGCAUGUGAAAGCUCCCCUUUCAAUUAAUGUUGGGGUUUGUUAAAACAAGAUUAGCCUAUGUUGCAUCUGUCAGAUGUCGUAUCACAUAUCCUCUUACAAUGCAUCCUUCCUGGUCAAAGGCUUUAUUUAGGACAGUUACAUUGGACGUGAAACAUAUUAGCAGUUCAUGCCAUUGCAUUUUGUUAAGCACUGCCAACAUUUGGCCAAAACUUCUCCUGCCCAGCUUGUUGCUGUACUUUGUGUACUGUACGUUCAGACUUGUGGAUUGUAGAAGAAGGUGGUUAGUAAACCCAAUUGUAGUUAUUGUAAAAUACAAUGUUAUUUCUCUUACAUUAAAACAAUUCAAUAUGUUA